CGCAUGGGCCGGGCCCCGCGCCGCCCCGGGCCGCCGCCGCCGCCGCUCCGCGCGGCCAAACAAACUUGUUUGCCUUGGAGCUACAAAUACUGGUGAUUUGAGAUUGGUGCUCAUCCCCCACUGUUCCCACGUGAGCAAGUACCAGAAAAAUGAAUAUCCAGGGGAAAGGCUUCCCCUUGGACCUCGGAGGAAGCUUCACUGAAGAUGCUCCAAGGCCACCAGUUCCUGGUGAGGAGGGGGAGCUCGUGUCCACAGACCCAAGGCCGGUUAGCCAUGGUUUCUACUCCGGUAAAAGUGAUGUGGUCAGAAAUGAGACGUCCACGGCAACACCGAGGCGCUCCGAUUUGGAUUUGGGGUACGAGCCUGAGGGGAGUGCUUCACCAACUCCACCCUACCUGAAGUGGGCCGAGUCGCUGCACUCCUUGCUGGAUGAUCAAGAUGGCAUCAACCUCUUCAGGACUUUCCUGAAACAGGAGGACUGUGCGGAUCUGCUGGACUUUUGGUUUGCCUGCAGUGGCUUCAGGAAGCUGGAGCAGUGUGUGUCUAAUGAGGAAAAAAGACUCAAGCUGGCAAAAGCUAUUUACAAAAAAUACAUCCUCGACAACAAUGGCAUUGUGUCCCGGCAGAUCAAACCGGCCACAAAAAGCUUCAUCAAAGACUGUGUCAUGAAACUGCAGAUUGACCCUGACAUGUUUGACCAGGCCCAAACGGAGAUUCAGUGCAUGAUAGAAGACAAUACCUACCCUUUGUUCCUUAAGUCGGAUAUUUAUUUGGAAUACACAAGGACAGGUGGGGAAAGUCCAAAAAUUUAUAGCGAUCCGAGCUCAGGGUCUGGGACAGGUAAAGGGCUACCUGGUUAUCUGCCAACUCUGAACGAGGAUGAGGAGUGGAAGUGUGACCAAGAGGCCGAGCCCGAGGCCAGCAGGGACUCGGCGCCUUCCAGCAGGCUCACGCAGAAGCUGCUUCUGGAGACGGCCACGCAGCGCGCGGCCUCAGCCCGGCGCUACAGCGAGGGCAGGGAGUUCAGGCAUGGGUCGUGGAGAGAGCCUGUUAACCCCUACUAUGUCAACACGGGCUAUGCUCUGGCACCAGCCACCAGUGCCAACGACAGCGAGCAGCAGAGCAUGUCCAGCGACGCCGACACCAUGUCUCUGACAGACAGCAGUGUAGAUGGGAUCCCACCGUACAGACUCCGAAAGCAGCAUCGCAGAGAGAUGCAAGAAAGUGCCAAAGCAAAUGGACGCGUGCCACUACCUCACAUUCCUCGUACCUACCGAAUGCCAAAGGAUAUCCACGUGGAACCAGAGAAGUUUGCUGCAGAGCUGAUCAACCGUUUGGAGGAAGUACAGAAGGAACGUGAAGCAGAGGAGAAGUUAGAGGAGCGCCUUAAACGCGUUCGAGCGGAAGAAGAAGGUGAGGAUGCAGAUAUCUCUUCUGGUCCAUCGGUCAUGAGCCACAAGAUGCCUUCUGCCCAAGCCUUCCAUCACUUUGCUCCUCGUUAUGCUGAGAUGGGCUGUGCUGGGAUGCAGAUGAGAGAUGCCCACGAAGAAAACCCCGAAAGCAUCCUGGAUGAGCACGUGCAGCGUGUGAUGAAAACUCCAGGCUGCCAAUCUCCAGGACCCGGCCGUCACUCUCCUAAGCCACGGUCCCCAGAAAGUGGCCACUUAGGAAAGCUGCCAGGGACACUAGGAACAAUUCCUCCAGGGCAUGGCAAGCACACAACAAAAUCAGGAAUGAAACUGGAUGCAGCUAACUUAUACCACCAUAAACAUGUCUACCACCACAUCCAUCACCACAGCAUGAUGAAACCAAAAGAGCAGAUUGAGGCUGAGGCCACACAGCGAGUGCAGAACAGCUUUGCUUGGAAUGUAGAUUCACAUAACUAUGCAACAAAGUCACGAAACUACAGUGAAAACUUGGGCAUGGCCCCUGUCCCCAUGGACUCUUUAGGCUACAGUGGGAAAGCAAGUCUGCUCUCAAAAAGGAAUGUUAAGAAGACUGAUUCAGGGAAAGGUGAUGGUGCCAACUAUGAAAUGCCAGGAUCUCCUGAAGACGUGGAGAAAAACCAGAAGAUCCUUCAGUGGAUCAUAGAAGGAGAGAAGGAGAUCAGCAGGCAUAAGAAAACAAACCAUGGCUCUUCAGGUGCUAAGAAGCAGCUGCCCCACGACAUGGUCCGGCCCCUCUCCAUUGAGCGACCUGUUACGGUGCACCCGUGGGUCAGCGCCCAGCUCCGAAACGUCGUCCAGCCUUCUCACCCCUUCAUUCAAGAUCCUACCAUGCCACCCAACCCAGCCCCCAAUCCUCUCACCCAGCUGGAGGAAGCUCGCAGGAGGUUGGAAGAAGAGGAAAAAAGGGCUGGAAAACUCCCCCUUAAGCAAAGCAGGUUGAAGCCCCAGAAGAGGCCGGGCAGUGGCGCAUCCCAGCCCUGCGAGAACAUCGUGGUCGCUUAUUACUUCUGCGGGGAGCCCAUCCCCUACCGCACCCUCGUCAAGGGGCGCGUGGUGACGCUGGGACAGUUCAAGGAGCUGCUGACCAAGAAAGGGAACUACAGGUAUUACUUUAAGAAAGUGAGCGACGAGUUCGACUGUGGUGUGGUCUUCGAGGAGGUGCGGGAGGAUGACACCAUCCUGCCCAUCUUCGAAGAGAAGAUCAUCGGGAAGGUGGAGAAGAUUGAUUAGGCUCCAGGGCAGUGAGGACAGGACUGUGAAGGACUCUGGGACCGGAGGAGAAGGCCUGGGGCGGACGCUGGCAGUGCUGCUGCCACGGGCACCAGACGAGCCCAGGGUGGAGGGUGGCAGCUCUGCUUUCCAGCACAGAUCUGGGCAAGCUCCAGGAUGCCGGUGGAUGCCCUUUCACCCCACAAACCUGCCAGUGGGAGCCUGGGCUCCCUCUCCAUACCGAAUAUAAGUGUAAUGUAGCAUUGUACAGUGCAUUAGAAAGUGUAAUAUGACCUUGUUUACUAAAGCUGCAUAUUUUUGAUAUAUUGUAAUAAAAGGAAAAUAUUUCCAAUGUCACAGUGCUCUUAUGUAAAUGUAAAACAUACAGGUACUGCAGAACUCACCCAAAGUGUACAGCCAUCCAUCAGACUCCGGCUGCUCCACGCUUUCCCAGCACCCUGCCCCGUUUUCCUGGCAUGGAUGGCUCUGGAGCGCCAUGGGGCAGAGCCGCCCUCACCCCACCAGUGCGGAAGGGGCAGCCUCACUCCAAAGGGGCUGUGAAGAUCAUUGAGCCAUUUGGAAGGAGUCAUCUGUGGCCUCCUUGGCAGGCUCAGCUGCUGGACAUGGUAGGAUGGGUCUUUUUUUCUCCUCCUGAGCUUCCUUGCAACCGAGUAAAUCCCCGAGGAAUAGAAGGGUCAGUGCCCGUCGGGACUGGGGGCUUCCCGCAGAGCGAGGACCAGCUCAGAGCCAGGGUGGCAGGCUGGGUGCUGGCAUCCCACAGCCUGCACACUCCUGUGUAUCCCUUGUGUCCCCGUGGAGAAGGGAUUGCUUCCCAGGAGGGUGCUGCAGUUCUGCAGAGGGCUGGCACCUGUGUGCCUGGUGCAGACAUGCCCAGACCCCUGGGCCAAGCUCUGGCUUUGGGCAGGGCACUCGUUAGGAGAGCCAUAAUGGGGAGGGAACUGAUGAGACACUAAAGCUGAAGACAAAAUACGUCUUUUUAUGAGUCCUGCAUCUUUUGUCAGCUUCUGUGUUUCAGGGGAGGCAGCAGGAGGGCACUGCACCAGGGGGAUCAUUGAUGCCAGUUCGUGGAUCAUGUAAGACCAGCAGGCAGCCCUGGGAAGCCUCCUGGGCUUACUCGGCCGCAAGGAAGCCGGGGCUGUGCCCGUGCUCCCCCCAUCCUGCCCUCACCCAGCCCCGGCCCUGCUGCUCCGGCACGGCCACAGCUCUGUGCCAGCCCCUUUAGAGAGCCCUUGCCCACCCACAGAAACGGGGAUGGCCCCAAAGCCCGGGGGAUCCACGGUGGCGCUGCUCAGCGCCAUUCCCAGCCCCAGCAGUGGUGGAGCUGCCGGGACCCCAUGGUACCGCGCCGGGAUGGACUCCGCCUGUUGUACAUGUCACCGAGUGCCUUUAAAACACAGUCCUGGCCUUGCCUAAUGCGCUGUGUGAAGUCCAGCAUAAUCUGCAGAUCUUUUCAGCCCGGGAACAGUGUUACAAGGGGUUUUACCCCGUUUUUUGAAGUGCUGGUGGUGGUGUGUCUGGUGAGGUUGUUGGCUUGCCCGGGAUUUCCGUCUCCCCCUUUUUUCUCAGGGGGUCCCUGUAAAUAUGUACAGCGGCCGUGCAGCCCCGGCAUUUCCUCUGCAUUCUCAUGUGCUGACUUGUACAAUGAUCUUUUCAAAGGUACUCGGAUAAAAUGAAAUAAAACCCCACAUCCCACUG